AAUGAUCUGCUGUGACUUUAAGCGAGUGUCAAAUUUGUGACUGGGAUGUUUUGAAGUAAGCAAUUAAUUUCUCGAUUUUAAAGUGACUUCUUUUAUGGCGAGCAUGAAUCCCUAUCAUCUGUUCCGUAUCUGCAGAUCUGCUCCUCGCAUAUUAGAAACCAGUAGAUUCAGAACUUUCUUCACCUGUCAAAAUAAGAUGGCAUCCAUUAAACAUAUCAACACGAAAAGGAUAGAAGGUCUGGACAAGAAUGUAUGGGUGGCCUUCACUUCAGUGGCAGCAGACCCUUCCAUUGUUAAUCUUGGUCAGGGUUACCCAGACAUUCCUCCUCCGUUCUAUGUGAAAGAAGGUCUCGCUCAGGCAGCAAUGGUUGACAGGCUGAACCAGUACACGCGUGGGUUUGGCCACCCCACGCUGGUUAAAGCCCUGUCAAAAGUAUAUGGAAAAGUAUAUGACCGUCAACUUGACCCGUUCAAAGAGAUCCUGGUAACAGUGGGUGGAUAUGGGUCUUUAUUCAGCACAAUGCAGGCUCUGGUUGAGGAGGGAGAUGAGGUUAUUAUUAUAGAACCUUUUUUUGACUGCUAUGUUCCCAUGGUGAAAAUGGCUGGGGCCAAACCUGUUUUAAUACCCUUGCGACUGAAGUCAACUGGAACAACCACUAUAAGCAGUGCGGACUGGGUUCUGGACCAGGAAGAACUUGCCAGUAAAUUCAACUCCAAGACCAAGGCCAUUAUCAUCAACACUCCUAAUAACCCUAUUGGAAAAAUAUUCAGUAGGAGUGAGUUGCAAGCCAUUGCAGAUCUCUGCAUCAAACAUGACACCCUAUGCUUCAGUGAUGAGGUAUAUGAAUGGCUCAUAUAUAAGGGCAAUGAGCACGUGAAGAUAGCAACCUUACCAGGAAUGUGGGACAGAACCAUCACUAUCGGCAGUGCAGGGAAAACAUUCAGCGUGACUGGAUGGAAGUUGGGUUGGUCAAUCGGGCCUGAACACUUGAUCAAACACCUCCAGACUGUUAUGCAGAACACCCUUUAUACGUGUCCGACCCCAUUACAGGAGGCUGUUGGUCAGGGUCUUCUACGGGACUGUGAGCUAAUGGGUCAGCCCGACUGCUACUUUUCCUCUCUAGCAAUAGAGCUGGAGGGGAAAAGAGACCGUAUGGCAGCCAUGUUGAGACAGACUGGCAUGACUCCAGUGGUUCCUGAGGGAGGAUAUUUCAUGAUAGUGGAUGUCACAGCACUCAAUCAGGACCUGCCACAUAUGGGAGAUGACGAACCAUAUGACUACAAGUUUGUCAAAUGGAUGAUAAAAGAGAAGAAACUGGCUGCCAUUCCUGUAACAGCAUUUGUGGGGGAAGAUUCAGUGAAGCAGUUUGAGAAAUAUAUCCGUUUGUGCUUCAUCAAGCAAGAUAGCACUUUAGAUGCAGCAGACGCCAUUCUAAAGAACUGGAAUAAAGGCUGAAGAUUGCUGCUAAUGUUGUGAUGCUGUAAUUCAGGCUAACUGAGUUAGAACUGUACAUGAUCUCUCAGCUUUGGUACUGCAUAUAACAUGUUUUAUUAAAACAGAUUUAUUACAUAUUGUUACUUCCUCUUACAAUCACCUACAUUUUGGGAGCAGUGAUUUUAGAUGUUGUAUUUACAGUUUGCUGAAUUGUUAGGAAAAUAUUGGUAAUGUUAUACUGGCGAUAGUGUUGUAUUUGUAAACAUUAGUAAAUGUAUGAGGUAUCAUAAACUAACUAGGAACUAACAAUGGACAAUAUAUUUUUGCAGCAUUAAAUCUUUGUAAAUAUUUAUAGAAAAUGCAAUUAUUAAUUGUUAUUCAUAAUGCACACUAAUGUUAAUGGAUACAACUUUGAAUUAAUAAAAUGUACAGUGCUGUG